AUGGCAGGGGAUGGCGAAAUCAACCGCAUCAUCAAGGACCUGCAGAAGACUGUGAUUGAGCUACGCUGCUACCAGGAGCAGAACCUGCCAGUGACAGACGGAAGCCAGGAGCUGCACAGCCUCUGUGCCCAGCUGGAGUUCCUCCUCCAGCCCUGGGCAUUCCCAUCCAGACGAGCAAUCGCCAGGAGCUGCACAGCCUCUGUGCCCAGCUGGAGUUCCUCCUCCAGUUUGACCUCAAGGAGAAGAAGAGUUUCUUUGGGCAACGCAAGGACUAUUGGGACUUCUUGUGCCAGGGCCUGGCACGGCGCCGGCAGGAGCACGAGGGCAUUCGCUUCGUCACCUCCCUGAACAAGGGGCCGAGCCUUCCUGCGGUACUGCCUGGUGCACCGGCAGCUGGCAGAGUCCCUGCAGCUCUGCCUCCUCGAUCCUGAGAGCCUUAGCAAGUGGUACUACGCCCGCAGCCCCUUCCUGAGCCCCCAGCGCCAGGCGGAGAUCCUGGGCAGCCUGUAUGAGCUGGACCGUGUCACCUUCCACCUGGCCCUGUGCAGAGAUGACCUGGACACUGCCUGGCCCAUGUUCUCUGAGACACUGGUACGACCCAGCUGGGUGGCUGGAAUCAGCCUGGCAAAGGCAGCCCCACAGACAGACAACAAUGGCACCAGGAUGCAUGGACGGCCUGAUGGCAUCGCCCAUUCUACCAUGGCACACUGUGGGGUGCCAGCCCACCCAUGCCCACCAGCCUUGGCUGGCCUGUGGGCAGGGGAUGUAGAGGUGGAGGAUGUGGAAAGGAAUGUGGAGGACGUGGAAGUGAAGAAGGAUGUGGAAGAGGAAGAUGAGGUGGAGAAGGAUGAGGAUGAGGAGGAGGAUGUGGAAGAGGAGGAUGAAGAGGAGUUGGAGGAUGGGAAGGAGGACAUGGAGGUAACUGCAAAGAAGGAUGUGGAAGUAGAGGAGGAUGUGGAAGAGGAUGAUGAAGAGGAGCUGGACAAGGAUGAGAAGGAGAUGGAAGAUGAGGAGGAGUUGGAGGGUGUGGAUGCAGAGGAGCUGGAGGAUGCACACAGAGCUGGCAAAGCACCCCAGCCCGAUGGUGGCAGGGAGCCUGGCACAUCACCACCACCCAGCACAGGGUGCAUGCCGAACUCCCCGCCACCAGAGCAUGGGCAGCCAGGUGGGAUGGAGGUGUCCCUGCGGGCACUGGUCUCCCAGCUGCAGACUGAGCUGGGGCAGUGGAAGGCAUCAUCCCAGGUGCUGGCAGCCCGGCUGGCGCGGGAGGAGCGGCGGCACAGGCAGCAGGAGGAGGGCAGCAUGCGGCAGGCCCGGCUGCAGGCACAUGAGGCCGAGGCGCUGCGGGACACCAACACCUUCCUGGGGCAGGCACUGGCA